UAUUGAAAUCCGAAAUUUUUCCUCGAAAUUGACUCGAUUUAGGUGCGGGAGUUUGGCUUGCAAAGGCACAACAGGCACCACUUUAGCAGAAUUAGCGCCGGUCACUUGUCAUCUCUCGACAUCAUGCCCAAAGAUCUUCCUGGAUUUUACUUUGACACACAAAAGAAUAGAUAUUUUCCCCUCUCAUCAAGGCCAUCUACAUCACCACAAAGUACACUUUCACGCACACCGUCUAGAUCAUCUGUUGAAGUGGACCCAUCUACUACACCGCGUACGAUCAGUCGCCAUACAAGAAGUGCUCAAACUCUCAAUCAGAGGCUCUUGAGCUCACCCGUAUCCCAUUGCAGGCCCCUUGUAAAUCACGAUAUACAAUGUACACGCGUCGCCUCUACUUCACGAUUUGAUUUUAGCCAAACAGCAAGUUUUGGUGAUAUCACGGAAUUUUGUUCUGCGACGUCUGACAACGGUUCGACGCGUCGAUACAUUGGCGACAACAAAGGAUGGCUCUACACAUGUUCUGUGUAUGAUGAUAUCUCGUUCGACAACCGACUCGAAGCUCUGAAUCAAUACCCGCCUACAGACUCCCCAAGUGCUCAGACGUAUAUGUGGCCCGCAGAAAUCAAUCUGCAUUCGCACUCGCAGGUAUCCUCAAUCAAAAUUUCUGGUCAGAAAUGCGUCGCGACAUGUUUUGGUCCUGUCACUAAGGUCGCUGUUCAAGAUCUCCAUGUAUCCGGGCGUACAACACUCAUUACGUUGAAUCAAGUUCAUGAUGUUCGGGUCAGUCAUCUACAGGACAACGCACUGAUCCUAGGCGCGAAAGGCAAAGCUGUGUAUAUACCUGAUAUUGAUAUCUCUGGGUCUGUUCAACACCUCAGCAACUUCCAAAACAGUGAUGUUUUUGCUCUGGAUCGAGACGAGAAUUUUGUCUACACAGGCUUGCGCAACGGCUCUAUAUUACGCCACGAUUUGCGUGUCUCUUCUAACAAGCACGAUGGUCAAUUGCUCUUCCACUCCCGAUUCACACCUUCAAAAAAUAGUACAUCGCCCAGCCCCGUGUUAUACCUCAAACUUGUAAAAGAUUCACAGUUACUUGUCAGUCGAAUGAAUGGCGAGCUCUGUACAUACGACACGCGUUUUCCUGUGCAUAGCACGCCUUCUCAAAUCUUCACAGGACAUCGUAAUUCAGUUACACAGAAAUUGGGUAUUUGCAUUGACCCCAUGCAUGAAUUUCUCUUCGCGGCAGGAGAAGACCGUUGUAUCCGGGGAUGGUCCCUACGAACAGGAAAAGCACUGCACGGAAUUUCGUCUGUUGCGGUAUCCGUUCCCACAUCGACUUCAAGGUCAUCGUCGUCCUCCACCUCCUACCCUGACCUCAACCAAUUCCGCAACCCUUUCAAUACGGAGUUCCCCACUCCGAUACCGACCAUGCAAGUUGCGGAGGAAAGUGACGGAAGCUUGUGCUUGUGGGCUGGGAGUCGGCAAACAUUGUAUCAAUACUAUCUGGGACAAUAUUCUAAAACUUGUUGAAUCGGGUGUAGUACCGUCAAGUACGGGUAAAUACAGGCAGAUACGUCUGGACAACAUGCUAGUGCCUGUCAAAUGAAGAGCGUGCUCGCAAUCACUUGGAGUAGAUUUAUGGGCCUCGCAACCACCAUUCGCUGCAAGAAGGUUUCGAGACGAAAUCGGCGAUUGUGUGCAAAAAACGUCACG